UUAGUCGUACCUGUAAUCAUACCACGUCGCAGUGUGUAGUUUGUCUUCUUGUAGAAGUCGCCUCUCGUGAAGAACUAUUGCUCGCAUAUCCAGCUUAAAAUGAUAAGACAAAUAUUCUUGUUUGUUUUUGGAUUGACAAUUGUUGUAGCACAGAGGAGAUUAGCAUUGCCAGAUCCACGCAGUUGCUCCAGUAGAAUUCGUCAUGCUUCAUAUCGAGAUGCCCGCGGAGUUACACAUUCCUAUUUUUUCAGCUGGGAACAUGCCCCUACUAAAAGCUUAGAAGUAGAUUGGCUUGAUGCCAGAAACAUUUGUCGUAGACAUUGUAUGGAUGCAGUAAGUUUAGAAACUCCACAAGAGAACGAGUUCGUAAAGCAAAGAAUAUCUAGAGGAAAUAUAAGAUAUAUUUGGACGUCGGGACGAAAAUGUAACUUUAACGGAUGUGACCGUCCCGAUUUGGUACCUGCUAAUGUAAACGGUUGGUUUUGGUCUGGUUCUGGUGCGAAAAUUGGACCAACCACUCAACGUAAUUCCGGUGACUGGAGCCACACAGGAGGGUUUGGGCAAGCACAGCCAGAUAACAGGGAAGCACCACAAGGUAAUGAUGAAUCAUGUUUAGCUGUAUUGAAUAACUUUUACCAAGAUGGAGUGAAGUGGCACGAUGUUGCAUGCCACCACUUAAAGCCAUUUGUAUGCGAAGACAGUGAUGAACUUUUAAACUUUGUACGUUCCCGCAACCAAGGAAUUCGUCUAUAAGAAUUCUUUGUAAUUUUGUAUUUAAGUAAAUUAUGUCAGUAUAUUCAUUAAUGCACAAAAACAAAUACUUAGAAAAAUAAAUUUACAACGAUAUUAUAUGAAAUAUAAAUAUAAUACUCCAACUUAUAAUACAUAUUAUAUAAAAAGUUUGUAUACAAUAAAUUAUUUAUUUUCCCAAUUUGGCUAUUUUGUGAGUAAACAAUUUUAAACUAUCAUUUAUCUACUUUUAAUUUUUAAUUUUAAGUUUACGAUUAUAUAUGUAUGAUUAAUAAAGUUUUUUAAUGUUUUAUAUGAAAAA